AUGAUUUACUUUGCGUGGUCGCCAGUUCUGACUAACUGUGGGCGUCCACGCCGCCUCUUAACUUCUAUUGCCCUGUUUUCUCCAAUCUCAGCAACAGUAUGUCGUGAGUAUUUAAACCAAAUUGAAGAAUCUAUGAAGAAUAAUCCUAAAGACUUCUGGAAAUACGUUCACUUACAAAAAGGUACGACGCGUAUACCUGGAAGAUUAGUUUAUGAAGAUAAACAAUUUGAAGAUCCACAAGAAAUUGUCAACGCGUUUGCGGAAAGAUUUUCUGAUGUCUUUCGGCCAAAAACCAUUAUUGGAAUAUCUGAUGUUACAUCAAAUAAGCUCUCGUUUGCUAUACCGUCGGUGACUGAAGAGCAACUAAUUGAUAUUAUGUCAACCUUCUCAAAUAAAAUGACCGCUGGUGACGACCAAAUACCAAGUGUUUUAAUACGUGACGCCAGAUAUAUUCUUGCAAAGCCUCUAUCAAUUUGUUGUAUAAAACUAUCUUUGUUAAUGUCCAAAGUCAUGUAUCUGCGUUCCAACAUGGAUUCUGGCCUGGUCGAUCAACAGUUACUAAGUAAUUUGUGUAUUUUGACACAAUUUCUCUCUGAACAAUUAGAUAACAACGGACAAGUGGAUGUUAUCUAUACAGAUUUUUCAAGUGCAUUUGACUUCAUAAAUCACACCAUCUUACUACAUAAAUUAAGUUCUUUUGGAUUUGCUCCUAGCUUCUUGAAACUCUUGGAGUCCUACUUAAGUGGUAGGUCUAACUCCGUGACGUAUAACGGUUACCAUUCUUUCAAUUUUGUAAGUACAUCCGGUGUUCCUCAAGGCUCCAAUCUUGGCCCUCUUCUGUUCGUUCUUUUCAUUGAUGAUUUGCUUCUUUCACUUAACUGUAAAGUUUUGGCAUACGCUGACGAUUUGAAGUUAUAUUGUCCCAUUUCAAACAGUGAUGAUGUUAAAACCUUCCAAAGGAACCUUGAUACAUUAGUAGAUUGGUGCAACAAGUCCGAGUUGUUAUUAAAUGCAGAUAAGUGUUACGUAAUGACAUUCAGUAGGAAAGUAAAUGUGGUAAAAUCAGACUAUACCAUCAACGGUCGGAUUCUUUGCAAGAAGAAUGAGGUAAAGGAUCUUGGUGUUCUUUUUGAUUCGCGCCUUUCAUUUGUGGAGCACAUCAGUAACAUAUCCACCUCAGCAUCUAAAAUGCUUGGCUUUAUAUUUCGGGUAUCAAAAACUUUUCAAGAUCCUCUUCUAUUAAAAAGUCUGUAUUUUGCGUAUGUGGUAAGCAAGAUGGAAUACGCCUCUGUUGUUUGGUAUCCUUACUAUGUGAUACAUAAUCUUGCUGUUGAAAAGGUACAGCGUCGCUUCUUGAAGUAUCUUUCGUAUAAGAUUGAUGGAUUUUAUCCUCAAAGAAAUAUAGACUACAAUUACCUCCUUCAGAAACAUGGAUUUGUUAGUUUAAAGAAUCGACGUGAGGAGCAUAGUGCUCGUUUCAUAUCCAAAUUGAUAAGUGGCAAGAUAGAUUGUCCUGAAUUGUUGGAAAGAGUCAAUUUUCAUGUACCACGUGUUGCGUCUCGCUACAUGGCCAGUUUUCAUCAAUCAAUUUCUAGAACGAAUUUGCUAAGAAAGGCACCGUUAGUUCAUAUGUGCAUUUAUAAGGAUAGCUUCUAA